UGCACAGCCCGGGUCCGGCCUGCGCCUCCCGGGCCCCGCGCCGGACGCCGCCGGCUGCUGACCGUCCCGCCGCGCUGUCCCCGCGCCCCGCGUGCCCGCCGCCGCCGCCACCGCCAUGCCCGGAGGGCUCCUGCUCGGGGACGAGGCGCCCAACUUCGAGGCCAACACGACUAUCGGCCGGAUCCGCUUCCACGACUACCUGGGGGACUCAUGGGGCAUUCUCUUCUCUCACCCCCGCGACUUCACCCCCGUGUGCACCACGGAGCUGGGCAGAGCCGCCAAGCUGGCCCCCGAGUUUGCCAAGAGGAACGUGAAGCUGAUCGCCCUGUCCAUAGACAGCGUGGAGGACCAUCUCGCCUGGAGCAAGGACAUCAACGCGUACAACUGCGACGAGCCCACCGAGAAGUUGCCCUUUCCCAUCAUUGACGACAAGAACCGGGAGCUGGCCAUCCAGCUGGGCAUGCUGGACCCGGCGGAGAAGGACGAGAAGGGCAUGCCCGUGACCGCGCGUGUGGUGUUCAUCUUCGGUCCCGACAAGAAGCUGAAGCUGUCCAUCCUCUACCCGGCCACCACCGGCAGGAAUUUCGACGAGAUUCUGCGAGUGGUGGUGUCCCUGCAGCUGACCGCGGAGAAGAGGGUGGCCACCCCGGUAGAUUGGAAGGUUGGGGACAGCGUUAUGGUCCUGCCUACCAUCCCUGAAGAGGAGGCCAAGAAGCUCUUCCCGAAGGGCGUCUUCACCAAAGAGCUGCCGUCGGGCAAGAAGUACCUGCGCUACACGCCACAGCCCUAGGCCCCCGGCUCUGGGGGGGCUUUCCUGGACUCUGACUCGUGCCUUCACCAGCCUUCAGUCGUGUCCCCGCUGCGGGGCCCCUCUGGCGUGGGGUCUGCUCUCGCCGGCAUGCACUGACUCUCGGGACUUUGGGGUCUUGUUUCCUUUCGCUUUUCUAAUCAGAUCCUCUCUCCAGCUCCCCGUUUCGGGAGCGACAGUAGUUGAGCCGCUGAUUCCUAGGGAGACGUCCACGUAUUCAUGCAAGCCCAAGUGUUAAUUCCGUCCUUCCGUCGCAGCGUCUGGUCAGCCAGGAGAAAGGGAAGCUGGGCUGUGCUGUGAAGGCAGAUUCGGUCGGGGCUGAGUGUCCUGUGGGGAGGCGGGUCCAAGGGUCUUACUCGAAAGAAACCGUUUCCGUGAAGUGCCAUCGAGGGGAAGAAGACCACCGAGGCCUCCCCGGCCUGCUGGGAAGGCGUGCCCCAGGUGUGGACAGCCAUGCUGGCAGGGGUCAGGAGGAUCGAAGACGUUCUACUGGUAUGCUUUUUUUCUGAGCUCAGCUUUUGGAGAUCCGUAAAUAAAUCCUUUGGUGAAACUGGAA